CGUUGCGCGAGACGAUGCAAAGGAGAACACGGCAGCUAGCAGCAUCUCAACAAGAAGAAGGAAAAAACGCGCGGCUCGCGCCGCGGGGCAUGAGGGUGCGGAUGCGAAUUAAGCCGCACUUGACCACGACGCCACGACCACUCUCCAUCGAUCGCGUCCUCCUUACAUUACUCCGCCCGCUGCGGCGAGGAUUCCCUCGAUCCAGGGGGGGGGGGUGGUGAAGAGCUAGAGCUGGCGGCGGGUUGUUGAGGAGCGGCUGACUGAGGGGAGACCAGACCAAUGGUUGGCGGCGGGGCGGGCGAGCCGCUGAGGAGGGCGUGGGGGUACCACCCCGAGUGCCCCGGAUGCAGGGUGGACAGGAGGAAGGAGGAGAGGGAGGGGAUCCCCUACACGGAGCUCUCCCUCAUCUGGCUCGUCACCGUCUCCUCCACCCUGCCGAUACAAUCCCUGUUUCCCUUCUUGUAUUUUAUGAUAAGGGACCUGCAUAUUGCUAAACAAGAAGAAGAUAUUGGAUUUUAUGCUGGUUUUGUCGGCGCUUCAUAUAUGUUUGGAAGAGCACUCUCCUCUGUGAUAUGGGGCAUCGUGGCUGAUAAGUACGGGAGGAAGCCGAUUAUUAUAAUUACCCUUAUUUCAAUAAUUAUUUUCAAUACACUCUUUGGACUCAGCUCAAGUUAUUGGAUGGCAUUAACCUCAAGAGGUUUGCUUGGUCUGAUGUGUGGUAUACUUGGCCCAAUUAAGGCCUAUGCUACAGAAGUGUGCCGAAAAGAACACGGUCACCUUGGACUAUCCCUUGUUUCUUCCUCACGUGGCAUAGGCCUUAUUGUGGGACCAGCUAUUGGUGGUUAUCUUGCACAGCCUGCAGAUAAAUAUCCAAGCAUAUUCUCUGAGAAGUCUAUAUUUGGGAGGUUUCCGUAUUUUCUCCCCUGCUUAUGUAUAUCCCUCCUUGCCAUUGUUGCUCUACUUGCUUCCUUCUGGCUCCCGGAAACUUUGCAUAAGCACACUCAGGAUAUGGUUUUAGAGGAUUCAAUUUCUGUAGAAGAAGGUCUUUCUGGUCCAACUGCUGAAGAAAAUAGUGCUGGAUGUCUAAAUUUAUUCACAAACUGGCCACUGAUGUCUGCUAUCAUUGCAUACUGCAUAUUCUCUCUUCAGGAUGUGGCUUAUGCUGAGGUAUUUUCUCUAUGGGCUGUCAGCGACAGGAAGUAUGGUGGAUUAAGCUUUUCUUCCCAAGAUGUGGGUAGUGUCCUUGCAUUCUCAGGUCUCUUCCUCCUGGUAUUCCAAAUUUUGGUUUACCCGUCAGUGGCAAAAUCAGUAGAGCCCAUCACGCUUGUCCGUAUAGUGGCAAUAUUGACUAUACCACUUCUUUCUAGCUAUCCAUUUAUGGCCGGAUUGUCAGGGUCCAUUCUUCAAUUGAUAGUUAACUGUGCAUCUUUUCUGAAGAAUGCUUUUGCAGUUACUACCAUCACUGUAUUCAACAUCUUAAUGAAUGAUGCUGUGGCUCAGGACGUUAGAGCUUCAGCCAACGGUGUUGCUGUAACUCUGAUGUCCAUCUUUAAAGCUAUUGCUCCAGCAAUUGCAGGAGCUAUAUUUGCAUGGGCUCAAAGGCGUCAGACAGCUUCAUUUCUCCCAGGCGACCACCUGGUAUUCUUCAUGCUGAACGUCUUCACAGUCAUCGGUCUUGUGAGCACUUUCAGGCCGUUUUACGCUAGAAGAAGCACGAAGCACGAUCCCAUUACUACUUAGCACUAACCAUUCUACUCAGGACCUGAGGUCUGAUGUAGACCCCCAUUUUUAUAACAGGAAUCACUCGUGUUAAUAGUACCAUUUCCCUGGAUCAAGUAGUCUGGUACUCACGAUUACAUUGCCGAAAUAUCAAGUGCGCAUACAAAGAUGGUCUAGCGCGAAUUAUUACAUCAUAGGCCCGCAGGCAGUCUUAGAACAUAGGACCAAACGGUCUACAAUACAUGAUGUAACAGAAAUAGAUUAGGCAGCGGAAUAUAGGCAGCGGCGACACUAUUGCCAUAGGCAACGACCGUAAAUAAGACCUACGAAGCGUCGUUAUCCUCCGCA